CAUGAUCAUAUACAAAUUGCAGGCAGACGAAAUCUCCACUCAAAUGAAAUCUUUGAAAAAUCUCCUCCAACGUAAACGGCUGAAAGACAGUUCAUCUUUGCACUGAAGCUUGAAAAAUCACUUUUGCUUCGAGUUGAACGGUUAAUUUUUGAAAAAAAAUUGAAGGAAUUACAAGCUAGGGUAGUCUCCUGUGUACAAAGAAAGGGCAGCUUAUGUCGCAGGCUCGAGUUUACACUGACAUCAACGUUCAGCGCCCUAGUGAUUACUGGGAUUACGAGUCUCUCACCGUUCAAUGGGGUGAACAAGAUGACUAUGAGGUUGUUCGGAAAGUUGGAAGGGGAAAAUACAGUGAGGUCUUUGAAGGUAUUAAUAUUGCAAACAAUGAAAAAUGCAUCAUCAAAAUUCUUAAGCCAGUCAAAAAGAAAAAGAUAAAGAGGGAGAUAAAAAUACUUCAGAAUCUCUGUGGAGGUCCAAAUAUUGUGAAACUGCUUGAUAUUGUCAGGGAUUCGGACUCAAAAACUCCUAGUUUAAUUUUUGAAUUUGUGAAUAGUACAGAUUUUAAAAUCUUGUACCCAACUCUGACAGAUUAUGACAUACGCUACUACAUAUACGAGCUUCUGAAGGCAUUAGAUUACUGUCAUUCACAAGGGAUAAUGCAUAGAGAUGUCAAGCCUCAUAAUGUUAUGAUUGAUCAUGAACUACGAAAACUUAGGCUAAUUGAUUGGGGUUUGGCUGAAUUCUAUCAUCCUGGUAAAGAAUACAAUGUCCGAGUGGCUUCAAGGUACUUUAAGGGGCCUGAACUACUUGUGGACUUGCAAGACUAUGAUUAUUCCUUAGACAUGUGGAGCCUGGGCUGCAUGUUUGCUGGAAUGAUUUUCCGGAAGGAGCCAUUUUUCUACGGCCAUGACAACCAUGAUCAGCUUGUCAAAAUUGCCAAGGUGCUCGGUACAGAUGAGUUGAACGCAUAUUUGAAUAAAUAUCAUCUUGAACUGGAUCCUCAACUUGAUGCUCUUGUUGGAAGGCACAGCAGGAAGCCCUGGUCUAGAUUUAUCAAUUCAAAUAAUCAGCAUCUCGUUUCCCCUGAGGCCAUUGAUUUUCUUGAUAAGCUUCUCCAGUAUGAUCAUCAAGAUAGGCUAACAGCUAAAGAAGCAAUGGCUCAUCCAUACUUUAUUCAAGUGAGGGCUGCUGAAAAUAGUAGAAUGCGGACUCAGUAGACUUGUACUCUUUUACAUGUCUAAGUAACAUAAUGAAGUCUGGAAUUUCCAUGUUCUGAAGAUGGUAGUUGCUAAACAGCUUUAUGGGUUUACAAUUAUUUUUCUGUUAGCAUUUACCUAACUCUGUCAUCAUUACAAAGAUAUCGUAUUUUCUGUGCUCUUAUGAAUGAAAUGCCAAAUGUUACAGUUUGCAGAUCCUCUGA